UGUUCUGCAGCCACCAGCAGAGCCUCUGCUGCUCCCUGAUGAUGGUAGGCUGGAGAGGCGACUGGUCAGGGCUAUCCCCGUCAAACCUUAAAAUGCUGUCAUAACCUAACUCACCCCUGUUUUUUCAGUGCUAAGUUGGGUUGUGCUUUUAUUUAGCUUUACCCAGUUUUAAAAAUAGAUAACCAACAAUGGAGGACGACUGUGUUUUUGAGUACGACUCGACAUGGGACACAGAGAGUGAUGGAGACGACCCGGCCGGAGAGAGCCAGCCCCGUCGGUCCAGUCAAGAUAAAAACAAGUCUUCCUGGGCUAUUUGGCAUCACACACCCAGAAACAUGAGGGCAGCAAAGGACAUGCAGAACUACAGGAGAGGGUACCCCAAUCUAACAGAUGAUGAGUGUUCAGAGGAUAAGAUGAAUAAUUUGCAUUUUUAUCUGAAUAAGUUUCCCUCCGCCCCUGAUGAUAUCUACAUCGAAUCGUUUCUUAAAGAAUGGAAAAAUGACUAUAAGAGACUGGAAAGGGUUCAUUCUUACAUUCAGUGGUUGUUUCCACUUCGAGAACCAGGAGUUAAUUAUAUGGCCUCAGAGCUAACCAAGAAGGAAAUUGAGGCCUUUAAGAAGAAUGAAGAUGCCAAACGGAGGCUAGUGGAGUCCUAUGAGCUCAUGCUGGGCUUCUAUGGGAUCCGUUUGGUCAACAAAGAGACGGGCGAAGUGAAACGUGCAGAAAACUGGAAGGAGCGCUUUGGAAACCUGGAACGGAACAUGCACAACAAUCUGCGCAUCACUCGCAUCCUGAAGAGCCUCGGAGAGUUGGGCUUUGAGCACUAUCAGGCCCCACUGGUGCGCUUCUUUCUGGAGGAGACUCUGGUCAAAAAGACUCUCAGCAGUGUUAAACGCAGCGUCCUCGAUUACUUCCUGUUUGCCGUGUUGGACAAGCAGAAACGUCAGGAGCUCGUGCGCUUCGCUUACCUUCACUUUGAGCCAAAGGACAAGUUUGUGUGGUGUCCCAGAAAGAUUCAGAAACAGUUCAGAAAGGCAGAGAAAAGGCCGGAGGCUGUUGGGAAUGGAGACGCAAAGGAGGAAGUGUGCUCACGUGCUAAAAACAAAGAUGGAGAAGCAGCAGUGCAGCAAAGAGGCGAGGGACUGGACGGUGUGGCCAAAGCUCAGAAAGGAGCUGAUAAAAGUAAGGACAAAAACAAACAGGCCGAGGUGUCCCCUGAGCCAAAAGUGGAAGCUGAGGCAGUAGGAAAUGGAAACGAGGUGACUGAGUGUGACAAUGAAAUGGUAACAAAUGGAAACGACUCUCCAGAUGAGGUGCAUGACAUGGAUCAGUCGCCCAGUCCAGUCACCCCGACCCCAAAAGUGGAGCCGUGUGUGGACAGUGAGCCCAAAUGUGCCAACAGCACGAAGGACUCCACACAGGGAGCAGACAGCAUGCAGACAGACGGAGACUUAGAAACCGAAAAACCUCCAAAGAAGAAGAGAGAAGAUGACAAAGUCCUGCCUGAUGGCCGCCCUGCUCAGGACAGCAGUCUGAUGGAGGAAAAGGCUUCUGCUGAGAAAGCCGGGGGCCAAACGAGCCCCGCAGCUCACACCCCGCUAAAGACCUCAAAACACUCCCCCUCUCCUUCCUCUGAAAGGGAGGGAAAGAUCCCGCGGACGGAUUUCAGUCAAACGGCCAGUAAGAAGCCAGAGGAGGAGACGUCACCGAAAGACAUUUCAUCUCCAGGCGGGGUGACCAGCAGCAGAGAUGGAGAUGACCAGAGCAGCGUCUGUAUGGAAUCAGCCCCCUCCAGCUCAGACCCAAACGAGCCAAAGUCCUGACUAAACGCUUAACAGGGGGAGUAAAUCAGAACUGACCCGAAAUGUAAUAUAAGAACAGAGUGAGACUGGAGACUUGGCCUUCUUCCUACUGACGUUAAGAUGUUGAAGGACUACGUGGAUGAACUCGUUCACCAAAUAUCAUCCAGGACGAGAGCAGCAGUGUGCCAGACUGGGUCCUUUCAGACCUCCUCACAGUUCAGGCCUCAAGCUGUUUCCCUCCACCAAAACAUGAUUGAUUAUUGAGGCGAGGUCAGACAGGAGUUUGUUAUUAAGAGGACUUAAACGGUGUGUGUGAGUGUGUGUGUGUG